GUGGACGCAAUUUAUGUUACGGUAUGAGAGGACGACAGCGGAGGAAGAGGUCUCUUCGCCGCUGUUCAAUCCAUGCUUCACGCUACUUGCAGAAGUAGUUGUACUAGCAACCAGGAUAGUACGAGUACYUCAUACGACCCGAUAGCUUCUGAGCAUUCYGUCCUAAUAGUAGCGCUGGAAGAAUCGAAUCCUGAUCUUGUUGUUGUUUAGUUUGYUAAACUCUUAUACACCGCAUCUAUUUCUCAGAAAGCCUUCAAAGUUCAAAAAUGUCGGAAGGAACAGCUGUCGAUGCCACACCAACAACGUUGGACGCCGAUGACAAUGAUGGGUUCCGAAUYUACCUCGGAGAUGAGAGAAAGAACUUGCUCUGCCGAUUUUACGAGAACAAAUAUCCAGAAAUUGAGUCCGUUGUUAUGGUGAACGUCCGCAACAUUGCUGAUAUGGGAGCUUAUGUCUCGCUUUUGGAAUACGACAACAUUGAAGGAAUGAUCUUGUUGUCCGAAUUGUCUCGGCGCCGUAUUCGUUCCAUCCACAAGCUUAUUCGCGUGAACAGAAACGAAGUGGUAAUGGUUUUGCGUGUUGACAAAGAGAAGGGAUAUAUCGAUCUUAGUAAGCGCCGAGUUUCACCUGAGGAUGUGCAAGCUUGCGAAGAACGCUUCAACAAGGCAAAGACUGUGCAUGGAGUCCUCCGCCAUUUGGCAGAACGACGAAAGUACUUCUUGGAGGAUCUCUACGAAAAAAUCGGUUGGCCGCUUUACAAGAAAUAUGGGCAUGCGUAUGAUGCUUUCAAGUUGGCAAUUUCUGAAGAAAAGGACGCSGGUGAUCCUUUYGCGGAAUUGGAUGUUCCGCAAGAUCUUAAGGACGAACUGAAAUCAUACAUCUUGCGUCGUUUGGCACCGCAACCGAUCAAAAUUAGAAGUGACAUCGAAGUUUCGUGCUUCACUUAUGAGGGCAUUGAUGCCAUUCGCGAGGCACUCUUUGCCGGUAUGACCCUCGGAACCGAGCAGAAUCCAAUCAAGAUCAAACUCAUUGCUCCACCUAUCUAUGUCUUGUCGACGACUACUCUCGAGAAAGAAGUCGGAAUUGGUUUGCUCAACCAAGCCAUUGAAGUGAUCAAAGAAAAGAUAACCGCGAAGGGUGGAAAGAUUGAUGUCAAGAUGGCACCGAAGGCCGUCAGUGUGAAGGAGGAGUCUGAGCUACAAGAGAUGAUGGACAGGCUAGCUCUAGAAAACGAAGAAGUAGACGGGGAUGCACCUGAAGACGAAUAAACAAACUCAUCUCUGACUAAUUAAAUUUGCU